GAUGCGCACUGCUGAGGAGUCCCACAAUAGGACGAAAUGGCCGUCUAGUGCUUCCAGAUUUUCAAUAGUGGUCUAACAUCAAUCUGUGCAUGAUCUCAAUCAAAAACUUAACAAUCUUCCCAAUCCCUAAACUGAUAAUUAAUGUUUAUAGUUAAAAUCAAGGUCAUUUUCACUAUCCCCCCCCUACACACACAUAAGAGUAUUAUUUGAAAUAACAUGAUAAACAAAAUUCACAGAUUAUGUAUUAUAGCCAAUUAAAUUAAGCGUAAAAUACAAUGAAUUUCAUCACAUAUGUUCAUUUGUUUAUCCCCAUUUUCUAUCACUGCAUGUUAAUCAACCCCAUUGUAUGAUCACUAUUUUAUACAUUUUUGGCCUAGAUACUAAUAAUCUCAAUAAUUCAAGUGAAUUUCAUAUUUAACCAGUGAUUUUCAUCAAUGAAUUAGUUAAACGAUGUCUUACUAAUGGGUUAUUAACAAUUCUAUUUCUUUAUUUUCCUACUUUUUUAUUUUUCAUUUUAAGUAAAAUGAGUGAUUCAACUGACAGAAUGCACAUGUAUAUACAUAUGUACAUACGCGAAGAAGCAAAUUAUACUACUACCAAUACUACUACUACUACUACUACUACUACUACUACUAAUAAUAAUAAUAAUAAUAAUAAUAAUAAUAAUAAUAAUAAUAAUAAUAAUACAGAAAAUAUUCAGAAAAAAUCAACAAUUUACACAUCAACUAGAAAGAGAUUAUCCGAAAGUGUAUAA